UCCCCCUGUUGGCCAUUAGAGAGAAUGCAGGUUUAAGUCACUUUUCGGACUGGGAGCUACCUGCCUGGUGAGAGCUCAGUGUCAUUGGUGGGUUGGGUGUCAGGACAGCAGCACAGAGUCACUGGGAGCUGUAGCUACGCCCUUGUCUGGGCCCCUAUUGAGUCUGCUCAUUUAAAACAGCCUGACUGCGCCUUUUUUUGUAAAUGUGCCGGCUGGUAGUUCGCUCAGCUCAGCCCUCACAGUGACGGAUAGUUGUCAGUCGGGUCUGGACUGGGGGGGUAGGCUAUCUCGGAAAUAAUCUGCCCACGCGUUAAGCUGCUUUAUCCCCGCCAAGCUUCAGCCGGACAGAGACUGCAGCAGCUCCGGUACGGGUCAGAGGGGAGUCAGGAGGAAAAAGUGUCACAAGGUGAGGGGGACUAGUUUUAGGGGACAGUUUGUGAAUCAGAGAAGAGUGAGUGAGUGAGGCGCUUAACUUACAUGGGGACCUGACCUGACCGGACCCUGACACACAGUCCUGAAGCUGAACCCGCUGAUGUGCGCUCAGUCUGGGAGGCAGGAGGCGUCAAACAAGUCCACACUGAGAAAUUAACCACAGCGAGAAGCUGGCAACGCUGGUUUGGGCAUGGAAAACUCCAGAUUUUGGAUAUUCCUGAUAACAACUUGUGUUAUUUCAGGAGUGAAUGGCCAAUCUGUGGAAAUGGAUGAUGGGAAGUCAGGGUAUGUGGGUUCAAAGGUGGAUCUCCGCUGUCGGUUCAUCAACAGCUCCCCACCCGUCAAGAUCUCCCAGGUAACAUGGCAGAAAUUGGUGAACGGAACAAAGCAGAAUGUGGCGAUCGCCAAUCCCUCCCUGGGUGUGUCUGUGGCCCCGCCAUACAGGGACCGUGUCACCUUCAAGAAUGCAGCAGUGAGGCGUCGAACUCCGACUCUUGAAGACACCACCAUCACCUUCUCCUCGCUCCGCCUCUCUGACGAGUCCACCUACAUCUGUGAAUACACCACAUUCCCUGCAGGGAACCGAGAGAACACUGUAAACCUCACCGUCUACGUUCGCCCGACAACCCAGAUGAGUCUGUCCACGCCAACACUGGUGGCUCGUGCAUCCAACCUGAAAACACCGGUGGCUACCUGCGUCUCUGCCAAUGGAAAACCACCGGGUACAAUCAGGUGGGAGACGAGGGUGCCAGGAGAAGUGACCAAUCGGGAGUACAGAAACUCAGACGGGACAUUCACCGUUCAGAGUGACUAUAUUUUGGUGCCCAGCAGAGACACACACAAGGAGACGUUAACCUGUGUCACUACCUACAAUGAGGAGGUCUACACUGACAGCGUCACCCUCGAUAUUCAGUACGAGCCAGAUGUUUCAGUGGAUGGCUUUGACGGAAACUGGUAUCUGAACAGAGAGAACGUCCAGCUGAGCUGCCAAGCUGAUGCAAACCCAGCCGUCUCUCUGUAUCAGUGGAGAGUGGUAAAUGGCUCCAUACCAAGCAAUGCUGAGAUCCGAGACAACGUUCUUACAUUUAAAGGGCCAGUCACAUACGACCUGCAAGGUAUCUAUGUGUGUGAUGCAACCAACAGCAUCGGCACGAGAUCAGGCUCCGUGGAAAUCAGCAUUAUAGAAAAGCCACUACCGCAGAUCGCAACAGGUGAUGUCAUCAGCGUAGUCGCCUUAUUACUGGCUGCUGGAGUGCUCAUGGGCAUAACCAUCACAGUCCUGGUGCUCAAAAUAAGAAGUAGAAAAAGCGAGUCCUCAAAUGACUCUCCGUCCAGAAAACUGUCCCAGCCGAUAAGGAAAAGACCAGCAGAUGAUAUCCAGCAUUCAGCACGGUUUUACGAAGAGCUUCCUAACACAGCAGACUAUGUGAGCUACAGACUGGCCUGUAACAAGGAGGACUACCCAGAGCCCUACUCCCCUCCCAUCAACCCCCCUCUCUCAUUUCUGCCCCAGCACCCCUACCACUCCUCACAACCCACCACUGCGACCAACAGCAGCAACACCACCAACACGUCAAAAAACACCUUCUCCCCUCCCUCACACACCACAGCCAUCUUUAAGUACCCAUCCGUACCGGGCCUGUCUUCUCCUCCUCCAGGGGUGGCGGCGUACACUUUCCCCAAAGAGCAGUACGUCUGAGUGGACACCUCGUUAAAAACUCAAACCUCUCCCAUAUUCAAACUUGAACCUUUCCCAUGAGGAGGUUGGAAACAUGUAUCUCACCCCGGACUACUAGGCAGUUUCUCUGCACUGUCUUUGCCAUUUGAGACGACUCUGGAGGUCAAAAGACAAUGCAGCUUUUGUUUAUGGACUUAUGAGAUUAUGUCCACUUUUAAAAUGUUUUCUCUCUUUUGUCUUUUACUGUGUUAUCUAUUGUUUGAAAAAGGGAAGAUUGUUAAACCAUGAUUCAAAUGCUUGUCAGCAAGGUUAAGUUCUAGGUUAGAGGAAGUUUCUAUUGCAUGAAUGUAUUACAUUUCACCGGAAAAUACUCCAAACUGAAUGGAUGGGAUUAUCUCUCGAUGUCAGAUGUAUUUGACCCCUUACUUUAUCCUCUGUGCUAUCGUUUUUUUUUAAAAAAAUACAACAAAUGAAAAUGAAAAAAAUAUUAUAAUAUUUCCUACUCUAUGUCUAAUGCUCUCUCUCUAUCCUAUAAACACUGACCUCACCUUCGCGGUUUUACCUCCUGUCCUGAUGUAAUACUUUCACUGUGCUUGUAUUUUGUAUCAUUUACAUUUUUAUUUACUGAAGACGAUGACUUUAUGAACUUGAUGUUUUUAUUCGUGGUAUCUGUCGGUUUUAGUAUUCAUUGACACUGGUUGUCGGAUGAACCUUGAAUUUUUAGCAUUUAAAUAAA